AGAUGGUGGCGCUUGCAAACAGCGUGGUCGACAAACAGCUUCGCCUAAUUCUUUCCUUUUAAUUCUUGAUUACACUAAAUUAAAGCGAACACACUACAAAAGGGCCCACUUUGAUCAUCUCCGCGUAAACCCGCAAGAAGAAAAACAAGAAAAAAUGCCUCACCGGAAGAAAAAGUCAUUCAUUGAGAAGAAGAAGGCGGUGACCUUCCACCUGGUGCACAGGAGUCAGAGGGACCCCCUCGCGGCGGACGAGAAAGCGCCUCAACACGUUCUGCUUCCUGCUGUCAAGGCGGACGUGGAGAAGCGGCAGGAGGAGCAGCGGAAUUUUGGCAUCUUCUUUGACGACGACUACGAUUACCUGCAGCACCUGAAGGAAGCUUCCGGACAGACGGAGCUGCUGGCCGCCGGACCCUCGGCCCGCUUUCAGCUCCGCGGUGAUGAGGACGAUGAGGAGAACGGAGAGGAGGAAGAUGCCGAGAAGGAGCAGGUCAUACCUGCGGCCAGCAUCAAGCUACCAUCGUCGGUGUUCGCCUCCGAAUUUGAGGAGGACGUGGGCCUCCUCAACAAAGCCGCUCCCAUCUCAGGGCCGCGUCUUGACAUGGACCCUGACAUCGUGGCCGCCCUGGACGAGGACUUCGACUACGACGACCCUGACAACGCGCUGGAGGACGACUUCAUCGCCAAAGCCAACAGUGCCAACUGUGCCCAGCCCGGAGAUGACGAUGACGACUCAUGGGAGGACACGGACGAUGACGAGGACGGCGACUUUGACUCCGAGGGCCCCUUUUCAGACAAAGAGGGCGGCGCUCGGGAGUUUCUGUUCGCCGACGAGGAGACCAGGACUCGCUUCACAGAAUACUCCAUGACGUCGUCAGUGAUGCGGAGGAACGAGCAGCUCACCCUGUUGGACGACCGCUUUGAGAAGUUCUAUGAGCAGUUUGACGAUGACGAGAUUGGUGCCCUGGACAACGCCGAGUUGGAAGGCUACAUUGCGCACGACAGCGCUCGGCUGGGAGAGGUCAUCAAAGACUACUUUGCCCAGAAGGAGAGAGAGUCACUGAGGCCCGAUGACCUGGGCCCAAAAGAACUUCUUGUCCCACAAGAGGAGGAAGAUGAGGAGGAGGAAGGAGAGGAGGAGAUGGAAAAGUUGGUGAUCAAACCUCCAGAGGAGAAGUGGGACUGUGAGACCAUCAUCAGUACUUACUCCAACAUCUACAACAGACCCAAAGUAAUUGAACACCCUCCAAAGGUGAAGCCGAUCCGCGUGUCCGCCAAGACGGGCGCCCCCCUGGACGUUCUCCCCACCAGAGGGCCCACCGACAAGCAGGCCGAGCGCAUGAGCAGGAUCGACGACUCCGACCUCCCUCGCGCCGCCACGGUGCCACGGGACAGAGACGAGAGCAAGGAGCAGAGGAAGGCCCGUAAGAGCGCAGUCAAGGAGGAGCGCAAGGAGAGGCGUGUGGAGAAGAAGGCCAACAAGAUGGCGUUCAAGGAGGAGAAGGUGCGUCAGGAGAAGCAGAUGCUCAACCUCAGGAACAUUCAGGGCCUCAAACUCUCGUAAACAACACGAAGACGGACCACGAACACAGGACUACUUUGCUGCUUUUUUCUUUUAAGCCUUUCCUUACCCAAAUGUAGUCUUUGUAUUGAUAUCUUGCUUUCUGGCUCCUUUGUUGUUCAAAUACGAUUGCACAAAAGGUUGACCAAUAUUUAUCGAAAGGUUACAUGUACACCAAGGUCUCGUCUCAACUGGUUUUUCCCAGUUGGCCGGUCGCCACAGCAAUGGGCGUGUGCUCAUUCCAAAAUGGGCAAGGCGGGUGUGAGUCAGACAAGUCCUCGUGACUCUUCAUUGUCCACACACACACAGCCACCAGAAAGUCAUCAUACCCCUUCACUUUUUCCACAUUUUGCUGUUAGACUUAUUCUAAAAGUUGAUUCGAUGAUAGUUUUUUUAAAAAGAUCUACAUAAAAUAUCCCGUAAUGACAAAGUAAAAACAUUUUCAGACAGUUGUGCAAAUGUAUUGGAAAUGUAAACAAUAGGUACAUCAGUAUCCACAACCUUGUCUUAAUAUUUUGUUGAAGCACCUUCGGCAGCAAUCACAGCCUCAAGUCGGCUUUUCUCUAUAUUUGGCAGCUGUCAUCGUACCCUCCAUGCGGACGAGUCGCCCAGUUCCUGCAACAGAAAAACAGCCCGCAGUAGGGAUGGCGUGAGCCACGUGAUAUCUUCUCCAGAAAUGACGCUUGCAAUUCAGGCCAAAAAGUUAUAUUUUAGUUUCAUCAGAUCAGACCAGAGAAUUUUGUUUCUGCAGGUCUGAGAAUCCUAAAGUGCCCUUUGGCAAACUCCAAGCGGGCUUCCGUCUGGCCACUCUACCAUAAAGGCCUGAUUGGUGGAGUGCGUUAGCGUUGGUUGACCUUCUGGAUGGUUCUCCUAUUUCCACAAGGAAACACUGGAGCUCCGCCUUAGUGACGACCUACGCUCUUGUUCACCCCUCUAACCAAGGACCUUCUUCCCCAGUUCCUCAGCUUGGUCGGAUGGCCAGAUCUAGGAAGUGUCCUGGUGGUUCCAAACGUCUUCCAUUUCCGAAUAAUCGAGACCACAGUGCUUUUCGGGACCUUCAAUGCUGUUGUAAUUUUUUUAAAAAAAAUCCUUCCCCAGGUUUGUGCCCUGACACCAUCUGGUCUCGGAGGUCCGCAGACAAUUUCUUAGACUUCAUUGCUUGGUUUCUGCUCUGAUAUGCAACUGCCAACUAUGAGACUUUUAUAUAGACAGGUGUGUGCCAUUCCAAUUGAUGUUCAAUCAACUGAAUUUACCACAGGUGGACUCCAUUCAAGUUGUAGAAGCAUCUCAAGGAUUAUCAGUGUAAAUCAGAUGCACCUGAGCUUUAGUUUGAGUGUCAUAGCAAAGGGUGUGAAUACUUUUUAUUUACACAAAUGUCUGUAAAUAUGUUUUUACUUUGUCAUGGGAUAUUUUAUGCAGAUUAUUUUUAUUUAAAAAAAAAAAUAAAAUAAAACAAUACUCAAAUCAGCUUUAGAAUAUGUAACAGCAAAAUGUGUGAAUACUUUCUGUCGGCAUUGUACGUUUUUCCUCACAGAACAACCCAGUGAGCAUUUAAAUUAUCAAUAGUGCAAGAAUAUUUGUUGGAUUUAUUUAGCCAUUUCCCCCCCUAAAUUUUGUUUUAAUUCAGAUUUGUUUUCCAUUUAUACCAUUAAAUAAUUGAUUCAUUCAUCUAUUGUAAUAAAUUCUAAAGAAAUGUAUUUGACAUUAGGUAGAUUUUUUUUAAAUCCCGUCGAGCUGCUAGGUUAAGGUGAAUGACAGUUUGUUGUAUUACGAUGGCAAUUUAAAAUUUCAGUCAGACAGAAAAAGAUUUUACAGGAGAGGACAGCAAAAUAAUAAAAGACUGGACACUAGCUGUAAGAAAAACUAAUUUUAUGCAUACUACAGUGUCACAUUUGAUUUGAGUACUGUAUGGGAAAGUAGCGCUCCAACCUGUGAGGGAAGAACAGGACAAUGUAGGCCAGGACGGGACGAGAGCUGGACAAGGGUAGUGGACCGGCUGUGCAAAUGGAGUGUGGUGGGAGUGGCUAUGUAAAAACAGACUGCAAGUGAAGGGACACCUCAAGAAGUUAGCAAGUUCACAAGAGAUCUUUAUAGCAAUUUGGGAGUGGUCCCACACCAAACAAUUUAGUCCCAGUGGUGUGCGUGUCUGCCGACACGUAAGUAAAUUGACAACAGUCUCGCACGCACAAUAAAUUGCCGUGCCAGCACAACGGGGGCAGAGUACGCCACUCAGCUGAGAAGGGGAGGGGCGCGCCUAGUGGCCCACCCACCCGGGAACAGCCUGGCAGACAGGACUAACGCUAAGCAUGAUUUUAUUUAAAUUAACCAUUUCACACAAAAUAUGAAAUUGCAAAGAAUUGAAAAACAAUGGUUCUUAGAUUUAAUUCAUCCCAUGAUCAAGCUUGUAACUCAGUUUACGUGUAUAUUACAUUAUGUUUUCCCAAUGUAAUGAUUUGAAAUGCCAAUUAACUGUUACACCACUCUAUUCUGGGGGUUAUAUGUCUUUAGUAAAGAUAACCACUGAAUUGUAUAAAAACAAAAGAAAUCAACAGUCAAAGUUGCACUCAAAAGUGUGAUUACUAUUAGUACUGUAGUCCGUGUGCCAUUUUAAGGGGUGUCGCCUAGUGAGUAGGAGUAAGAGUUGAAAGGCUGGUCUGUCACUUAAUCGAGAGGUGGCCUAUCUGAAGGUCCCCCCAAGAAAUUAAAAAAACUGUCCAUGAGGUGGCCCAUAAUCCCCAAAACUCAACAAAUGGGGCACUUGUAAAUCAACGGUAAACCAUUUUUACACCCAUUUUUUCCCCUUUAAAUUCUAUAUAAAUGUGCUGCCCCAUGUGUCUGCUUUAAAAAUAAAAUGUGGCCAUUUAGCAUAAAA